GCUGUUCAGAUUCUGAAUAUAAAUCCAGGUGAAUCGGUAUAACAAACAAAAGUUUUGGCUAAAGGUAAUAAUGUUUACACUGCUGUUCAUAAAGCAGUGUUUGUACAGAUUGAUAAUUGCAUAUUGUAUAUAAAAGCGUGGAGGGCUGCCCACGUUGACGGGCACAUAAGAAAACAGCAGAGGCGUUUGAGUGAAGAAGUGCCGUGAGAAAGAUUUUAUCUCAUUCUCACAACCUCCGCCUCAGCCGGAUCGCAUCCUGCACUACUCUCAACCCAAACUGCACUAGAAUGGCAAUGUCUAGUAAAGCGACUUUAGCAUUAUUCAUCUACGGGAUCAUAAUGCAUUGCAGCGUCUACUGUUCACCUACUGGGCUUAGUUAUCCUAAAAUUAGACUUGGAAAUGAAGCAUAUGACGAAGACGGAAACUCAUUAACAGACUUGGCUUUUGAAAGUGAUCAGAUUGCUAUACGAAACCCUCCAUCUAUAAUUGAUGAUGUGUAUACAUUAUAUUACCCGCUAGAGAAGAGAACAGAAAGGCAUGCUGAUGGAAUAUUUAAUAAAGUCUAUAGGAAGGUGCUGGGUCAGUUGUCAGCAAGAAAAUAUCUGCAUUCUCUGAUGGCAAAGCGUGUAGGUGGAGUGAGCAGUAUGGAGGAAGAUUCAGAACCUUUAUCCAAAAGACACUCGGAUGGCAUCUUCACAGACAGCUACAGCCGCUACAGGAAACAAAUGGCUGUCAAGAAAUAUCUUGCUGCAGUCCUGGGGAAAAGCCCUGAAGACAUAAAUUUUGAGCAUUUGCUAGUGGACAUGUUUGAUGCCCUGCUUCACGGGAAUUAUGGUGCUUGUGAUUGGGGACAAUGGCUGAAAGCGACCCUCCCCUCGGUGAGUCAGAAUACAAAGGCUCUCUUUGCACAAGCCUAUGUCCAUAGGGAACUGUCCCCCCCUUCUUUACUCCUCAAUGCUGCCCUGUCACUUGUACCUCUUACUCACUGAUUUCUCCCUUUUCUAAUUCGUACUAUUGGUGUUCUAUAAAAUCAUAACAUUUCUAAAUUUAUACAAUCUGUAUGUGCAUAGGAAAGGAGUACCACAUUGUCAAACUAUAUAUGAAGUCAUAUUUUGUUUUUGGCAGGGUGUCCAUACUGAAACAGAUAUCCCAAAGACAAACCUUGCAAACCCAAAGAGCUAGGAAGAAUGAAACAUUUUUACAUCAACAACAGGAUUUAUUUCCACCCUAAUUCAGGAGAGACACAAUUGUGUCAUACCUUGUGCAAAGUAUUUUGUGUUACUCUCCAGUGCUGUUCAUGUUUUUAAAUCAGUUUUAUGAAAAUCUUUAAAAAAAGAUCUUUAAGAUGUCUAUAAUUAACUGGAUUUAGUUCAAACUUUACCUUGUUUGUCACCUGCUCUAUAUUCUUUCAGACCUUACAGAAAUCAAGUGUUAAUUCCUUCUAGUUUCAUGAUUGUGUCUCUUGUAUCUAUUGUGUCAAGUCUUCAUGUAAACUCUUAAUAGAAACCCAAGGAAACAAUUGUAAAAACCACUCAAUCAGUGUGCAACCUAAAGCAACAGUUUAUUUUUGCUCACUGAUUGGUGGUAAUAUUAUACUCUGUAUACUGUAGUAAAUGUUUUAUUUUUUCAAGAUUCCUUCCUUAAUAAUCACUAUUUUGUUAAAUAUCUUUUUUUCAUGUUGAAUGUAAAUUAACCAAUAACUGGCAAACAUCCUGUCUUCUCAUCUGUAGUCUAUUGCAAAAACUGUUCAGACUAGUGUAACAUAGAAGUGCAGUCAAGAGUAGUGACCAGACUACCCAGAUUUAUCAGGCCUGAUUAAAAGGGGUGGCGCUGAAUGACUUGGAUUCACAAAUGCAUCAGAAAGUGAGAAAUUGAGGACGUUUCGAUUAACUUGGAUGGAGGAUGUUGUUUAUAACUCAUAAACCUUCUAGUCCAUGUUUUAAAUGAACAAAAAAAUGAAUAAAACAAUCACACAAAACCUUCUCAAAAUUUGGGAGGAUUAUCUAAAGACUGGCCUAUUUAAAGCGAUAAAAAAAUGAGAAGGAAAUGCUUCCUUUAUCAAUGUAUGAAAUGUGAAGUGUGAGUCAAAGGGGAAAUUUAGUUACAGACAUUGCCAGUUCAGCCUACUGCAAAUAAUAGUAGGAAAAGAGUCAUUCGAUCUGUGCCUGAGCCUUGUGUGUGAAAUCAAUCUUACUUUAAUUUUGCAUUCU